GGUGGCCUAGUGGGGGUUUGCUGGAUUAUCACACCAACGAACCAGGUUUGAAUCCCAGCAAAACCCUAACAGGAAUUUUAAUUCAUUUUAUUUAUUUCAGUGUUAGAAUAUAUAAUUUUUUGACGGCACCCCUAACGAAGCCAGACGGCACCACAGGGUGCCGCGGCACCCCGGUUGAGAAAGGCUGUUCUACGUAACUCAUGCCUGUUUUUCCAGUAGCAGUCUGAGACCCUGAAACAGGAAGUUGCUGCCAGUACUUAGACACUGGCCAGCUCCAAAACAGAAGUGAAUACCUUGAAGAGCACACAUAAAUCUUUGGAAAUUGAACUCCAGUCUCUGUUGGCCAUGAAAGCCUCUCUGGAGGGAACAUUCUCUGAGACUCAGGCCCGUUAUGCCAUGCAGUUAUCAGGAUACCAAGUGCAGGUGACAAGUCUGGAGGAUCAGUUGGUGCAGCUUCGCGCUGAUCCAGAGCGUCAGUCUCAGGAGUAUCAGAUGCUGCUGGACAUCAAGACCAGACUGGAGCUGGAGAUCGCCGAGUACAGGAGAAUGCUGGAUGCUGAGGCCAGCAGCAGUGCUUUGAUUUCCUCCAACAAGCCCUCUAACACCAAAACUGCAAUCAUCACUGUAGUGGAAGAGCUAGUUGAUGGGAAGAUUGUCUCAAUUUCUUCUAUAUCUAUUACUAAGUAGUAAAAGAUCGAUUGGAAGUGUUU